CCCACACCCCCAGUCUCGACACGUUACCACCACCUCCACCUCUUCAGCCUCCUUUGACCUGUGGAUGCGCAUGCCCCGCGCAAGCCCGCAUCAACAUGAUCAGGUCUACCCAAGUCGCGAGGUUGGACGGCCUGAUCCUGGCUGCCUCCGUCGACGAUGAACAGUCACAGUCUGAACUCGUCGACAUCAAGAACAAGGUCAAGCAGAUCUUGCGCCGCGUCAACCGCAACUCCGAGCCGCAGGCCAGCAUUGAAGGCGGCCAAUACACCGUCCACUACCUCAUCAACGAUGCCCUCGUCUUCCUCUGCAUUUGCGAUCGCUCGUACCCGCGCAAGCUGGCCUUCACCUACCUGCAGGACCUCUGUCAGGAGUUCACCACAGUCUACCCUUCGCAGCAGUACCUGGCUGCAACUUGCCGCCCUUACGCCUUCGUCGAGUUUGACACAUUCAUCCAGCGCACCAAGAAGACGUAUCAGGACAGCCGCGCGACACAGAACCUCGACAAGCUGAACGAUGAGCUGCGGGACGUCACAAAGGUCAUGACAAAGAACAUCGAGGACUUGCUGUACCGCGGUGACAGCCUCGAGCGCAUGGGCGACAUGAGCAGCAGAUUGCGCGAGGAUAGCCGCAAGUACAAGAAAGCCGCGGUGAGAAUUAACUGGGAGCUGCUUGUCAAGCAGUAUGGCCCCAUUGGAGCGGUCGGCCUCAUCAUGAUCAUCUUCAUCUGGUGGCGCUUCUUCUGAGAGCAUAGCAAAGGCGUCGUCGGUAACAGGAAUUUUCUUCGGUCACAGUGUGUUCAUAAUCAUACCAAGACUCCCAAGCGGAGCACGUCGAACAAUGGAAGCGAUUUGUCGUUAGGGGCUCUCAGCUCUGUCAUUCCUCGUCGC